ACUUCAAACAACAUAAUGGACGGUUUUUUCUGUGUGUCAGCUGUUUGCAAACUCAAACAAUUUCGGUGCGUUUCAAAGAUUUCCCAACGUUUAUUUUUUACCGGUGAAAUAAACAUGAGUUGGCAAGUAGAAAAGGAGAAAUAUUUAGCGUUGAGCGGAGCAGAAAAAAGGAGUAAUUGUGUUACACUGCAAGAUAUUCCUACUUGGAAGGAUUAUGCUCAAAAGGCCAAUUUACCGGCAGCUAUCGAUGUUGCUCAUGGAACGGUUAUUAAUAAUGGUUUAAACAAGUCCUUAGCCGAGAAAAUAUCUGUAUUUGCGGGCGACAUAACACAUCUAGCAGUUGAUGCGAUAGUAAAUGCUGCAAAUAAAUCACUUCUUGGUGGUGGCGGCGUAGACGGUUCAAUACAUCGUGGUGCUGGAAAACUUCUAAAGGAAGAAUGUAAAACUUUGGGUGGGUGUGAAACUGGCGAGGCCAAAAUUACUGGUGCCUAUAAACUGCCUUCAAAAUAUGUAAUUCAUACUGUUGGGCCAGUAGGAGAGAAGCCAGGACUGCUCAAGAACUGUUAUGAUAACAGUUUAAAAUUGGCAAUGCAGAACAAUCUUAGAUCAGUAGCUUUUCCAUGCAUUUCGACUGGAAUAUAUGGCUACCCUAAUGAAUCUGCUGCCCACGUUGCAGCUUCAACUAUUCGAACACAUUUAGAAAAAAAUGCAGAUCAUUUUGAUAGAAUCAUAUUCUGUCUCUUUUUAGAUAUUGAUAAGAAAAUUUAUGAUGGUAUUUUACAGUCCUACUUUCCUCUUGGUUAAAAAUAUGUAACAAAUUGAAUAUUUAUAAUGGGCACUUAAUUUAGUAAUUUA